ACAUUUUCAUUUGGCAGCCCUAAAGGAGGCCGAGAUUUUUCAUUUGUGUUUGCCAAAAACUUUUCGGUGCCUAGAACUCAAUUUUGUUUCCGUCUCAAUGAAAAAAACUGGCAAGGAGAGCGAGCAAGUUUAACUAGUUUCCGCCUCCUGCAUCAAGCAACGUGACAAACAAAUAUGGAUUUUCGGUACGGUCGCAGCUUUUCCGGGGGCGAUGGAAACGGUAACGAUCUGAGCCACAGGCGAUAUAGUCGCUCCCGCUCCCGCUCGCGAUCCAGAGAACGGAACAGACGCCGCCAAUCCCGAUCCCGCAGCCGGGACCGUUCAUCGCAUUAUAGACGCCACCACGGCCCCAGCCCAGACCGCGACCUAUAUCGCGAUCUGAUCAACGAGGACUACCAGGAGGAUCAACGCCACUACGGUUCGCGUAAUCACGUUGAUCACUACCACCAGCAUCGCAACGAUGACUGCUACGACCGGCGUGAACGGGACCACUAUGAACGCCGAAACCGAAGCAGCAACUAUGACCGCCCUGAUCCGGACAGGAAUGAUCGAUGGGAGCAUGACUGCUUCGAUCCCAGGGAGCAGGAUGGGCCUGAUCGCUAUGACAGCUGGAGGAACCAGGAUCGAGAGUCGAGACAGCGUAGCUAUGACGAUUAUGAAGAGGAAUUGGAGCGCGACAGUCGAAAUAAUGGCAAUGACAACAAUAAUGGGAUGGCCAACAAGAACAAAAUAAGGGAACAGGAGCGUUCUAGAGAGCAUUCUAGAGAUAGACGCUAUUCCUCGGACGAUGUCAGCGAUGAGCCCGAUGAGAUUCGGGAGAGACACGAGCAACACCAGAACAACACCGAGCCGUCCAACCACAUCAUACUCUUCGGCUUGAAGAAAGACGUCACAGAAGCAGAUAUCAUGGGCGAGCUGAUCAAUGUCAACAUGGAGCCCGCCUCUAUACGCGUGAUGAGGAAGCAGCCGACAGGUGCCUCACGCUGUUUUGCAUUUGUCGAGUUUAAAACCGUUGAGGAGGCGCAACAAUGGAUGGAUUUGACUCAGGGCGAGCUCCAGCUGGGCGACCACAAAGUGUCCAUGCAAUAUAGCCACACUCGUACGGCGGACUGGACCUGCAUCAAGUGUGGUGCCAGCAACUUCAAGCGUCGCUUGCAGUGCUUCAUGUGUAACACCUCGCGGGCGGAGAGCGAGAACACAGUUCCCUGUGACGGCGAGGGGAUCGACGAAGUCAGCGACCUCCUCACAAAAAAGAUCAUGCUGCGUAACCUGGACGCGCUGACAAACGAGGAGGGCGUGCUCACUGCCCUCCAGGAGCACUUGUCCUCCGACAUGGCGAAAACUGUCAGCAAGGUGCAGAUCAGUCGGGACACCUUGACUCAGGCGUCGCGGGGCAUCUGCUAUUUGAAUUUCGACACUCUCCUCGACUCGAUGAAUAUGUACAACGGGCUGGCUGCCUUGAACCCGCCGCUAUCCCUGGACGGCAGAACAGUGCUGGUUUCCUAUUGCAAGGAUCCCGAGAAUCGUAAAAUAUUUUCCACGCCGGAUUCCAGUUCAGCUAGACCUAGUGCAGGCUUUACGGCCAUGACAGCCUCGGCACUGAAUGGAAGCUACACCCUGGCAGAUGUCCCACGCCUCGCCGCCUACAGUGCCUCCGUCUAUGCCUCGAAUCCGGUCGAGCAUGCCUAUUACGUCCAGUACUACACGGAUUACUACACGAAGGAAAUAAGCAAGCAGGCCGUUAAUCCGCACCUGACUGAGGCCAACUCGGGAGCUGCAGUGGCGCUCUCGGCCAUACAGCGGCAGCAGAAGAAGCAUUCUUCGCAGGUCCCGCUCAGCAUAGCAGCGAUGGCAGUUGCAGGGGCAAAGGCCUCGUUUACUGCCCAGGGCUUGAAUGUGCCCAAGGGGAACGACGGAAAGACCUACCCCACUCCCGAUGUAUCGCAGUAUCAGUACGAUGAGACCUCGGGGUACUACUACGACCGCACCACAGGGCUCUACUACGACGCCCACUCGCAGUACUACUACAACAACGAAACGGGGGCGUAUCUGUACUGGGACCAGAAGAGGAGCACCUACGUCCUGGCCACCCCUGCCUCCACGCAGGCGGCUCUCCAAGAAGUCCUGGCUGAUGCCGAGCAGAAGGAGGAGGAGGCCAAAAAGGCGAAGGAGAAGGAGAAGGACAAGGAGGGCGGCGGCAACAAGCACGACAAGGUCAAGGUGGCCAAGAAGAUAGUGAAGGACAUGGAAAAGUGGGCCAAGCAGCUCAAUCAGAAGAAAGACUAUACGGCGGUGGCCACGCCACAGCCAAUAUUACCGGAGAAUGAAGGCCCCAGCACUUCCCGGGCCUCACAGGGAGGGGGCUAUGCUGAUUUGGGAUUCUCGCUCCUCGAAAAAAAGGAGCGGGGGGCCAAGACUGCAGACUUUGUGCCACAGGUGGGACUACCGGUGCUCAGUAAACUAGCAAACGCCGUCGGCGCAACAUCCGAGGACUCUGAGGAUGAGUCGGCUGGACCCUCAUUCGGAGUCGGAGCCACUACUACCGCUGCUUCCCAAAGGGCAGCUCCCGACGAAGCGGACUACGUGGAUUUCCAAAAGCUAACCUGCCAACUUUGCAAGCGUGCCUUCCAGUCGUUGGACAUCCUUCAGAAGCACUUGAAAAUAUCCACCUUGCACAAGGAGAACUUGGCCAAACUUAACCAAAACUACGUAGAAAGUGGCAACGAAGUGGGACUGUCGUAUCGCGACCGGGCCAAGGAGCGGCGACUGAAGUACGGGGAGGGCGAUCCACCACCGAAUCGUAGCCGGGAGCUCUUCGAGCAGGACAUGAAGACGCUGCAGACGAGGCAGACGAAUAACGUUGGGCAAGCCCCCGCCAUGCCCAUCGGCUCCAGCAAUGUAGGCAAUCGCCUCAUGCAAAAGAUGGGCUGGUCAGAGGGCCAGGGUUUGGGUAAAAAGAACCAGGGUCGCACCCAGAUCAUAGAGGCCGACGGACGCACUAACAACGUGGGCCUAGGAAACAAGGCUGGAGGACAAAUGUUUCCCGGUAGCGACUACAAAUCCUACAUCAAGAAGAUGAUGAAGCAGCGUUAUGAUAACGCCUGAGAGUUCCUUAAGCCAUGUUUACUUCCAUUCCCUUUAGACUAGAUGAUAGAUUAGUUAAAUGCUUACCUCGGCCUCACAUCCUUACCUUGUGGUGAUCAUUUCAUAUGUACUGAAGUAGAUAAAUGUAAAUAGUUAAUAAAAGAAGGGUGGCUCAAUUAAACUUACCUAAUUUAAGAAACUAAAUGCUGAUUUAUGAUAUGGUAAAUUUUAAGGCGCUGCAAAGUAAUCAUAAUAAUCAUGUUAUUUCAUUUUUAAA